AUGGAUGACUUCGUGAUGGUAGAGCACGAUCCGCCCGAGAGUAGUACCGGGCCCGACUAUCUUGACGCCAUUGGCUCCACGAUUAACAGCUUGAGCGACGACCUUCGCACAAUCAGCCUAGCAAUACAUGAUCGGCCCGAGCUGCAGUACAAAGAGUAUCAUGCUCAUCGAGUCCUUACCGAGUAUGUCACACAGGUGGAAGGGUGGCAAGUAACGCCAUCAGCCUAUGACAUCGACACGGCGUUCGUAGCUGUCUAUGACAGUGGACGACAAGGCGCCACUGUGUCGUUCAAUGCGGAAUAUGACGCUCUGAAGGGCAUCGGCCAUGCAUGUGGACAUAACCUCAUCGCUGUAGCGUCCUUUGGCGCAGCUCUUGCCACGGCUCAGGCACUCAAGGACAAUUGUCUUGACGGAAAGGUUGUGCUGUUCGGAACGCCUGCUGAAGAAGGUGGUGGUGGCAAGAUCAAGUUGCUGAACGCCGGAGCUUAUCGAGAUCACCAAGUCGAUGUAUCUCUGAUCUCGCACCCUGGUAUCUCCCGCGACGCUGCUCUGGUCCGCACUGCUGCCUAUUCUGCGCUGAAGGCCGAGUAUUUUGGUAGAGAGGCGCAUGCCGCUGCUCGACCAUGGGAGGGUGUCAACGCUCUGGACGCGCUCAUCGUAGCCUAUAAUGCCAUCUCUGUGCUCAGGCAGCAGACUAGGCCAGGAGACAUCGUACAGGGCAUGAUCACCAAUGGUGGCCUCCGCCCGAACAUCAUCCAUGCUUACAGUGCUGGCCGCUUCGUGAUACGGUCUACCUCGCACGCGCGAGUCGAAGAGCUCAAGAAGCGCGUCCAUGCAUGUUUCGAGGCAGGCGCCACCGCCACGGGCGCCGAGCUGAAGAUAACGCAAGCUGGCGCUUACGCUGAUCAUGUACCAAAUCGUGUGCUUGGUAGAACUUUUAGGCACAUCUUCAACAGACUUGGUGGGCAUAUACCGGAAGGUAAUGUUGAUAUACUCCAGUCCGUGACCCAAGCCAGCACAGAUCAAGGCAAGCUUCACCCACGAUAUCGAGCUGACAAGCUACUGACGUUCCAUACAGGCGACAUCAGCCAUGCCAUGCCAAGUUUAAGUCCGAACUUCUGGAUUCGCAGCGAGGGCGAAGAUGGCAAGCAGCUCGGUGGACCACACACACCUGCCUUCGAAAAAGCUGCCAGGACCGAAGAGGCACAUUGGUGUGCGAUGCGAGUUGCCAAAGCACUUGCCGCUACUGCUGUUGAGAUUCUCAUCAAGCCGAAAUUACUGGAAGAUGCCAAGAAAGAUUUCGAGCAGCAAUCACAGUAG